AAUGCAUGUCGUCGUCUGCUCGAUAGUCUACAAAAUUUGUGUUUUGAAUUCCCGAAGAACGUUACGCGGGUCCCCCACUAAUCUCAGAUUUGCUACACAGAUCGUAAUAAUGUGUUGGUAUUUACUGCUUAUAUUUGGGAUUUGGAUCUUCGUCUCCUUCUUGACGUACAGAUAUUUGAUACAAAAGAAGAAUUUAUUUCAAAAAGAAGUUUUCUUUAAGAAGCCCAGCAAUGUCUUGUUUGUCAUUGCUCAUCCGGAUGACGAAUGCAUGUUCUUUGGACCAUCCAUCACAGCAAUGGUCCAACCAUCUUUAAGUAAUUCAUCAUCUAGAAGAAAACAAGCAAAGGAUGUUUACAUUCUUUGCCUAAGUGAUGGCAAUGCCAAUGGCUUGGGUGAAGCCAGGAGAGAGGAGUUAAAAAAGAGUUGCAAAAUUCUGGGACUUGCAGACUCAAAUGUAUUAAUUCAUAAUGGCCCGGUGUUCUUUGAAGAUAGUCAAAACUCUGUUUGGGAUUCCAAAGCAGUAGCUGACACUCUACAUCUUUACAUUAAAAAAUUGAACAUUGACAGUAUCAUUACUUUUGAUAAAGAUGGAAUUAGUGGGCAUCUCAAUCAUAAAUCAAUAUAUCACGGAGUGUUACAACUGAUGAAAAAUAGCAAAAGAAGAGUCGCUGUUCGUGUUUUCAUUUUGGAAACGGUAAGUGUCUUCCGAAAAUAUUUGGGGUUUAUCGACUCCGUCUUUAUUAAACCUAAUGCAUUAAUCUGCACAAGUGACUGGAUUAAUAGAACAAACAUUCAGAAUGCGAUGGCAGCUCAUAAAAGUCAAUAUGUUUGGUUUCGACGGUUGUACAUCACAUUUUCAAGAUAUUUAUUCUUUAAUACGUUCAUUCCUCUUGAAAUUUAUUAGUUCAUGAUAUUUUCGCAAAUAUUUCAUUGAGGUACUGUCAUCCGUAGCUUCGUGUUCUACCAAUUUGCAGCACGGUUCGACACGGUUAAAUUCUACCCAGAUUUUCUCCGUAUCUCCUUUAUUUUCAUAAUUUUGUACCCCUUAACAAAAUACCUAGUCGUUUUCGCUGAAAUAAUGUUUGUGGAACACGCACAAUAAGAAUAGGUGUGUUGUAAAAAUCUAUGUCGAACUCCAUACUCAUAUAGCAGUAACAAAUUAUUCCUCUUGUUGACACUUGUAUUUGAUAGUGAAUUCUCUUUAUCUCCUGUAUGUUCACCUAUCUUAACAAAAGUUUGCUUGUGGCAGAAAACUUACUUAAAUGUUACUUAAUUUCCAAAGCAGUGGUAAACAGUGCAAUGAAUGUUUCCGUAAAAUAUUGCGACGGCAAUGUCAAACAGUAAUACAAUUUGCAAGUUGAACAAGUAAA